AUGAAGUCCCUAGUAGUUCUCCUCUGCCUGGUGGCGAUUGCAAGCGGUGAUAUAGCCCAUGUACGAAACUGGUUUUCUCACCUCUUUCAUAAAGAUAGGCCCUCUCAAAGUGAGACAAACCAAAUCCAGCAACAAAUUAUUCCUCAACAAAAGCAGGCGCCAAUUUUCAGCGGUAACUUGCGAAUGGUUCGUGAUGAUGAUGAUGAUGACGAUGAUGGCGAGCAACAACAUUUGCAAAACAUACAAAAACUACAAGAUCUACUGCUGACGCCCCAGCAAAGCCUAGCUAUAAGGGAGGGUCAGCUUGAGGCACAACAGAAACAACUGCAACAGUUCAAACGGUAUCUGCAGCAGGAAAGGGAGGACGAAGAUGCAAAACAAGAAGGUAGACAGCAACAGCAAAAGAAUUUGAAAGAAUUGCGAAGCCAAGAGCACCUUGCGCUGGGACUUCGCCGGCGAGAGGAAGACGAGCAGCAACAGCAAAUCGAAGAGCAGCUGGUACAACAACUAAAACACAUUGCAAAAGAGAUGCAGAUUCAAUUGGAAACAAGAGAAUACAAUCGGUUUGCCAAAUAUCUGCAGCAGGAACAGCAACAACAAAAUCAACAAGGACAACUAAGACAACAGGACGAUCAGGAACCACAGUACGAUGACCAAGACGAGAUAAUAGAAGAGUUUAAACAGGUUGAGCAGCAUCUACUACAGCUACUGCAAGAGAAAAUAGAAGAACAACAGCAGCAACAGCAGCAGCAACACCAGAAACAUCUGCAGCAGGUGCAGCAGCAGCACCAGGAUCACCAGCAUGAUCAGAACCAGCAACACCAGCACCAUCUGCAGCAGGAGCAGGACCAGCACCAGCAGCACCAGCAGCAGGAGCAGCAACAGCUGCUGCAGCUACAACAGCAGCAGCCACAACAGCGGCAACAACACCAGCAUCAGGAUCCACAGGACCCGCAGCAUCAAGAUCCGCAGGACCCACAGCAGCAGUGGCUAAAGCAACAACAACAACAGGUAAAACAUACCGUAAAUCCAGAUCAGUUUAAGCAAGAUAUUGAAGAAUGGAAACAAUUUGGCAGAUAUUUGAAGCGUAAAAUGGAGAUAGAAGCGGAAAAACAGAAGGGUCGAGAACAGCAGGAAGAGAACUUGCGACAGCUAAGACGACAGGAGCUACUAAAGAGAGGUUUCAUUCCUGACGAAGCAAAAGAGUUGCGACAAGAGCUGAAAGAGAAGCUGGUACAGCUACUGAAACACUUUGCCAAUGUGCUGCAGAUUAAGCUGGAAAAGGAAGAAUUCGAACGGUACGGAAACUAUCUGCAACAGGAACAGGAAAAACUGCGACAAAGAGGAUGA